AUGCCAGUCUACCACAUCGUCCUCUUCCGCCUCAAGCAAGGCGUCACCCCCGCCCAACUAGCCAACUGGACCAAAAUCUCCCAAGCAAUGGUCGGCCAGAUCCCCGGUCUGCGCUCCUUGAAGACUAACCCGCCUUUGCCGAUCUCCGUGCCCCGCGCUAAGGGCUUCGAUAUGGGGCUUGUGGCUGUUUUGGAUAAGAAGGAGGAUGUUGCGGUUUAUGCGGCGCAUCCGGCGCAUUUGGAGUAUGUUUUCCCUCUUCCCUUCCUGUUCUCUCUCCUUUUAGAUCUAUUUUGGGGGUUCAUAAGUUGA